UCCCGGGACCGAGUGACUGGCGUUCGCCGCGGCGCUCCUGCUGAGGGCUUGUCCCGAAAUGUCAUUCGGCCGCCCUCAAAGAGGAGCGUAACCCGGCCCCGCCGCCGCCCGGAUGGGACCGCCGGAGUGCUAUAGAGUCUCCAAUGAAUUUUGAGUGGCUGAGAAAUUUGAGAAAAAAAUAAGACGCAUUCCCUUCCAUGGAUCCCUUGGGUGCACCUUCCCAGUUUGUGGAUGUAGAUACACUACUCAGCUGGGGUGACUUGUGUGAAGAUGAAUUAAAUUCUUCUGAUACUACAGCUCAAACAUUUCCAGAGGACACUACUAGAUCACCUUUUCUCUAUAAUAAGGAUAUCAAUGGGAAAGUGGUUCUAUGGAAAGGAGAUGUAGCAUUACUGAACUGUACAGCCAUUGUGAAUACCAGCAAUGAAAGUCUCACCGACAAGAAUCCUGUUUCAGAAAGUAUCUUCAUGCUUGCAGGGCCUGAUUUGAAAGAGGACCUUCAGAAACUUAAAGGUUGCCGAACAGGUGAAGCCAAAUUAACCAAAGGAUUUAACCUGGCUGCCCGGUUCAUUAUUCACACAGUGGGACCUAAAUACAAGAGCCGCUAUCGCACAGCAGCUGAGAGCUCCCUGUACAGCUGCUAUCGAAAUGUGCUUCAACUGGCAAAAGAGCAGUCGAUGUCUUCCAUUGGAUUCUGUGUCAUCAACUCUGCAAAAAGAGGUUACCCUCUAGAAGACGCAACACACAUAGCCCUUCGCACUGUAAGGAGAUUCCUAGAGAUUCAUGGAGAAACCAUUGAAAAGGUCGUAUUUGCUGUCUCUGAACUUGAAGAGGCUACUUACCAAAAGCUGCUACCUCUGUACUUCCCAAGGUCAUUGAAGGAAGAGAGUCGAUCGUUGCCAUACCUACCUGCAGAUAUUGGAAAUGCAGAAGGUGAGCCUGUGGUACCUGAGCGGCAGAUCAGGAUAAGUGAGAAACCUGGUGCUCCAGAGGACAACCAAGAAGAGGAGGAUGAAGGCUUGGGAGUUGAUCUUUCGUUCAUUGGCUCUCAUGCCUUUGCCCGAAUGGAAGGAGAUAUUGAUAAGCAAAGAAAGCUGAUUCUCCAGGGACAGUUAUCAGAGGCAGCACUACAGAAGCAGCAUCAAAGAAAUUAUAACCGUUGGUUAUGUCAAGCAAGAUCUGAGGAUCUGUCUGAUAUUGCUUCUCUAAAAGCCUUAUACCAAACAGGUGUUGAUAACUGUGGUCGCACAGUGAUGGUGGUAGUUGGAAGAAACAUUCCUGUUACGUUAAUAGAUAUGGACAAGGCUCUCUUAUAUUUUAUCCAUGUAAUGGAUCAUAUUGCUGUGAAGGAAUAUGUGUUAGUAUAUUUUCACACACUAACCAACGAGUACAAUCACCUGGACUCUGACUUCCUGAAGAAACUCUACGAUGUUGUUGAUGUGAAGUACAAGAGGAAUCUGAAGGCUGUUUAUUUUGUUCAUCCAACAUUUCGUUCAAAGGUAUCCACAUGGUUUUUCACCACCUUUUCUGUCUCAGGAUUGAAGGACAAAAUCCACCAUGUGGACAGUCUCCAUCAGCUGUUUUCCGCCAUAUCCCCAGAGCAAAUCGACUUUCCUCCUUUUGUCCUUGAAUAUGAUGCCAGGGAAAACGGGCCUUACUAUGCGUCUUAUCCCCCAUCACCGGAUUUGUGACCUGCCAUCUGUCAGUGCUUUGUGAUUACGACGAUGCCCCUCCCACCACGGAUCACUACCUAGUGAAGUAAUACUCAUUUUUGCUGUACAGAUCCAGGGAGCCUUUUGUGCCCACCUCUCUGGUAUUUUUUUAUUGACUGUAUAUUUUCUGGCACAUAAAGCAAUCUAAAAAUGGUAGGCCAUUCUGAACUGCACACAUUUUAAAUUUGUAUAUUUGUAUCAAAUGGAAAUGUUCAUUUUUAGAGUGUUGUUAAUAGCAACCAGGGAGCAACUUUUGAGUAUCUUCAGUUUUCUGAGGGAUACUGGAUUCUCCACUAGACAAACCACCAAUAUUGUUCAUGUCAUCUCUUUAACAUUGCACGCUUCCUUUGUGUACUUAAGUGUCUCUUGAAAUACAUGGAACCAAUCUAUGCUGGCCAGAUGCAUUGUUUGUUUCAAACCUGGCAUUAAUACCAUUUUUACUUUAUACAGGUAAUUGGAUUAUGCCAAAUAACUAUCUGCAACAAAGAAUUUGGAAAUGUAUCUCAUAAAAAAAUCAUUAUUAGUAAAAUAUAGAACUUACAGUUUUACUGCAUGGUUGAAACUGAGGUUUACAUACUAAGUUUCCUGGGACUGUGUGAUUAGUUAGACUCACCACUGUUCAGAUGACAACCGUGUGGCGCAAUGAGAGUUUAUCUUUACCUUUUCUCCCAUAAUCGUGGGCGAUCUCAUCUAAUUGUUCAGAAGAGCUGCACAUGCUAAUACUCUCACAGGAAAAGCAUCUCCCAAGACCACAUCCCUGAGUCUGUAGAGAGUGUGCUGUUUUCCAAGACUCAUGAAUGAUUUUGUUUGGCUCUAAGAGCCACUACCUGUAAGGGCAUUUCAUAACAGUGUCUCUUGAGUUGCCAACAUCAGUGUGAAGGGUGUGGGGACCUGAUAAUUGGCUUUUGUUCAGAUCAGCUUGCCAUUUAGGCUCUAUUUGUGCCUUAGAUUGCUAAUGAAUAGUUUGGAAUUAUGCUGUCUACCUCACAGAGGUACCAUGCAGAUGAUGUUUAGAAAGGGCUUUGAUGUCUGUGGGUGAAAAAUGCUGAUGGAGUUUGUGUGGUGAGUGUCAUCAGUUUUUAUCUGUGAACCAAUACAAAUGAGUGAAUACCACAAAGCACCCCCUUUGGCCUUUGGCACCUUUUCAGUGGUUUCUGUUUUGGGGAAACAAAGAACUGUUAGUGCAAAAUCCCAACCCUGACAACCUCCUCCUGCUUCGUCCAGAAUUUCUUCUGGCCCACUCCUUCCCUAAUACUGCACUUUUAACAAAAGGCAUCUGUUAGCCAUUUUAAACAUUUCUUCUUGAAUUAAGCUCAAACUAUUAUCAUUUCCAUCUGGGUGUCUUCAUACUGCUUUUGAUUCCUACACCCACCCUAGUAUGUACUACAACUGUGUUGUACUUCAGAGAAGAGAAAACAGAACCUUUCUGCUCGUUUGAACUUGGAAGCAGUGGUUCCAGAGGUCCCAUUCUCCUUUGCCGGAACGUUGCUCAAUGCACAUGAUAAAACAUACUUCUCUUCAUGUAUGGUUGGAAAGUGUCCCACUGGUUGUUAGCCUUGUCUGGUGCCUGCCCAUGUAAACAAGGAUGGGCUUCAUGGUAGAAUGGGGAAGCAUUCUACUGCAUGUAUGGGACACAUAUACUUUGUAUCUUGUAUCAAAACACCUUUAGUAUGUGUAUAUGUCAAGGACUUUUCUGUUAAAUUCUGUAAGUCACCAGAUCCAGAAUAGCAGUUGAACAUCAGUUAUUAAACUUCCUUUCAAACAAUCCUCCUUUAACCCCUUGAGCCUUAAAAGUAACAAUAGGUUAUCUUCAUUUUCUUCACUCAAGUGACGUUUUUUUUAUUUGAAGUAUUUCUUUUUUCUCUAGAAGCAACUAGAGAAUAUGUCAACUUUUCAUGGUAAAAUUAAGACUUAGCCACUUCAAGUUGGCAUCUGACCUGAAUCAUUUCCAGUAUAAAUAAUAAAGACUGCUACUUUCUAUGGUAAAGCAAGUGUAUUUAUGUAUGAUUCUUAGAUCCAGUAAUUUUGAAAAAAAUGUUUUGUUGUAGUGAUGCUGGCAUGUUACUGUCUAAAAAUACAAAAAGGAUUCUACAUAUUCUAUUAUUCUACUUGAGUUAAUGUCCUAGAUAUGAAGUGAUAUGUGACCAAAUACACAUCAAUAAUAUUUCAUUUUCUGAUCAUCACUAAAGGAAAAUAAGGGCUAGUGUACAUAAAACUAGAUCAAAUGUGGGACCAAGAACAUGCUGUUGUGGUUCCCUGAAAAGUUACCUAAUGAAGUUAUUUCAGCAUACUAAGGCUUAGAGGGACAGCAGGUGACAGUGAUAUUGAAAUGAUUAAGUAAUAUAUAAUAUGUUUGUUGAAAAGCUGGGUAGUCUGGAGAAUUAUGCUUCAUGUUCAAGGACAUAUCAGAGUUCAGAGGACUGAUUGGGUGGAUAUGAGCACUACCAUCUGAUCUUAAUUCAGAACACCACCAAGUCCUUAAUUUAUUAAACCUUGUUCAUGCCAAAUGAUAGUUGCAGUUCUGAAGACACAGCUUACAAAAUAUUAACUCAUAAACUGAUUCAUGCAAGAUGUAAUCCUUUUUGUUUUUUUAAAAAACAAGCACACUUUACAGCAUGUAUUUGGAUUCUUCUUAAUUCAUCUGUGUUCAGGUUUCUUGGUAGUAAAAGUGAUCCCUUGAAAAAAGCUCAGUCUUUGUUAUAGUCUCAAGGCCAAGAGGCUCCUACUUUUAAGACUGCAUUUCCUUUCACAGAAGUGACUAUCUUACUUCAUUGGCUAAUAUUUUAUUAUAUUUUCCUUUUUCAAAAGAACCCAUCUGUAGUAUUUGAGAUUCAAGUUUUAAAGAAUAUUUUCAGUGAGGGAAAUAAAAUAUUUUUAACCAAAUUUCUAAAUUCUAAAAGGAAUAAAACAUGUCCUGUCUAUAGAGAAGAAUGGGUUUAAUCACUGUAGUACAAAAAGCAUGCCUAUUUCUCCUUGUUUCUGACUUGCUUAAUUAUUUAGUGAAC